AUGGGAAUCAACCUCCGUGAAUACGCGAAGUUCGUCCGCCGAGUCCUGGUAAUCCGACAUUGGCUUUGGCGCUUGGUCCUCCUCUUGCCUUCCGUAGUCGGAAUAGUCCUUACUGUAAUUGGAUUUUCCCCUCCAGAACGCAUUGAUGAAGGUAAUUCCCGUCUAUACGUGGCGGGACCAGGCCUUAUUCUUGCAGGCCUUGUAUUUGGAGGUGCCGGAAUUAGGCUCAUCAUACCUUACCCUGGGCGUCCUUUCCCCGUUGCGUAUGACGAUUUUCGACCACAUAAUACAGAAGCUUCUCAAGUCGAUGACCUGAUGGGCGGUGUCAUUCACCGUGAAGCUACAGAUCCAAUUGACAUGGCGUACGGUCUAUGGUCAGUUCUUCAAAAGAGAGGAGCACACAAUCCCCCCCUCGCGACAAGGACAACUCCAAUAGGUGAAUUAUAUUGGAUUCUUGCUCAGGAGCUCAUCCAGAUUACUGCGUCUCUCGACUUCCUUUGGAUUGCCGCGCGAUAUGGUCAAGCAGAGCCCGGGUAUCCGUCGUGGGUGCCUGACUGGUCUGCAGGCAAAGACGAUAAGAAGAGAUACUAUGGGAUCGGUCCUGUUGGCUGGAGGCUUCUUAGUCAAGAGGCCAAAAGACGACAAAAACAGCGUGAAAGAGGCAAUCAAGUGUUAUCACUCGACCCGACAGGACGCGUUCUGACGGUGCGAGCGCUUGAUUUCGGCAGCGUCUACGACUGUUUCUCUUUCCACAAAACUAGCGCAACAAACGAUGAUAACAACAAGAUCCUGAAUUUUGAAAACCUGAUUACCGACAAGCUACUGCAUAUGGAGAACCUGCGAACGAUGGUCUCGUAUUGGCGAUGGUGUGUUGAUCACUGGCAGCAUCCAUCAUUUAUAUUCGAUGGCGCGGAGCUACUCGAGUCUAUCAAUCGCGAAGUCACGCUUUCCCCAUGGGUCAAAACGUUACGUUCGAGAUGGCGAAGAGAGAGUCUCGAGAAACUCUUCCGGUCAUGGUUAACAGGCCGCGUCGAUUCACCUACAUGGUUUCUACGGUUCUUGUCCAUUCAUUUGAAAAUUUGCGAGCUUGUUUCCCAUCGAGACGUCAGGAUAAUCACGCUUAAGAUAUGGUCGAGCAAAAGCUACAUGUUCAACGUUCCCAAAGCACAAAUUGGUGAUCGAGUCAUCCGGGUAUGGGGGCUCCCACACUUUCUUUUGGUGCGUAAGCUUGCUGCAUCUAGCAAUUCGGCUACACUGGUGGGUACCAUUGAAACCUCUAGUACUCGUCAGGUCUUGAAACAAGGAUUGAACGAGCUUUGGGGCACCUACACCGUCUCUGAGUAUUCCGAAUACCAGAUAUUGUAA